CUGGGAUGAAAAUUCACAAGAACAUGUAGACACGACAAUCCCUCCACCGCAACGGCACAAUAAACCAACAAAGGAUUUAGAAGUUGAAGAUACACAAAAAAAGUUUCUAGUGUGAGGUUUCGUUUGUGGGAGGUUUCUAGUGUGAGAUAACUAGUUUUUAAUUAGUUUUCGUUGUAAAUAAAAAUGUCAUCUUCGAAUCCGUUCGAAAAAAAUGAUGCUGAAGUUGGGGAACUUCUCGGCAUCAACUGCAGCAACGACGACAUAGACCGACUAGAGGGUUACAACGAGUGGGGUAGCGGUAAACAUAGUAUUAAGGGUUGUAAUCUAAGUUGACUAUCUAUACUACAGAAGCAUAUCUACGCCUAUACUUACCUAGAAUUUCAAGGAGGUAAUGGCCAGGCAGAGGUUUGCGAGAUAGGUAAGAUUGAAACCUCUAAUGGCAGUCCACAGACCUACAAGAACGACUGGAAGUCGUGGAAGGAGAAUAAAGCUGACUGGAGUAAAAAAAACGGAUGGAAUUAUGACAAGAACGGAGGAUGGAAUGAUGAGGAUGAAGAGGAGGUAAGAGGACUAAGAAAGUAUUUUUAUAUAUUUUUUGGACGAUAUUGGAGGUAAUGCAUAGACGGUACUAGCACUACCACAGCAACCGCGUAUGUGAACGCGCGACAGAAGUUACAGAAAGUACAAUCAUGAUCAUGAUUUUAAUGUUUUGUUUCCACACACUGCAGAAUAAAGCCAAGUGGUUGUCUGAAGAACCGGAGUUGUAUGAGGUGGCUAAGUGCUGUGGCCGACUAUCUCCCACAGUGGUCCACUGGAUCCUUUGUGCCUGUUUCUGGAUUCUGUUUCUCCUCACUUAAGGCUGGUUGUCAAGCACUAUCCUCUGUUAUAGAGCUAGGGGUAGUCUUCAGUCUACUUCGAACUUAAAUAAGUACAGAGGUACAUCACAUGAUAACCCUUAGAGGUUGUUGUCUCCCUUCUAAGGGAUGAAGAUAUCCACGUACUAUAAGGCACGAAGAUAUCCUUGUUAUCCACGUAUAAAUAUAAGUUUUUGUAUCCUCUGUUAAGAAAUAGAGUUGUGAGCGGACUGACACAACUUACUAUAAGCGCCACCACCAGAAAGGACGAGUUGGAAUUUCACUAAACAACGACUGACUGGGUCUAACUCACGUGUGCGCUGUCCCAAUUUCGGUGUAGCCCCCACGACAGCGAAUUGCAGUCAUGGACUUCCUUUAUGAAGUUCUUCUUGAUGCUAUACGUCUGCGCAGUGUCAUUGGCAUUUGAGCACCGGUUAUUCAAAAGUUGUACCAAUUAAGGCAGCCAGGCGACUAUCCUCAGCAUCAUCCUUGGCCUUUUUUUUGAGCGAAAAAAGGGCCUCGGGACGGCCUCAGGGAUGUGCCGCGGUCCCUCUAAACAAAGCACGUUUGCUUGAGGCUACUUUUUGCACCGCUCUACCUUUUUCUCUCGUUCGAGCUUGCCGACCAGCAGCGUCAGUACUUCUAAGGUUUUGUUGAUGGAUCUGUAGUCGCAAUUUGAAUAUCUUCAGCACACGAGCACGUGAUGUAUCUGGUAAGAAAUUUCACCUUAACAAGGCCUUGUUGGUCCAAGACGUCUAAUUGAAUUAGACUAAUUCAUUUGCUUAGAUUAGAUACAGACUUGACUUUGACAGCACAAGAAGUAUGAUAAUUUGAGACUAGUUUAAUUCGAGGACCCUCUGGUACGACCCUAGUAUUCUAGUAUAGUAAGACUAGUAUCCUAGUAUGCCACGUCAUUCAGAUUCACACGACCUUGCUUCUGAACAACUCCACACCAGUAUUGGGCAUUCUGCUGCUUUGGCAAGGGUCGUGUCGUCGAACGAGUUGGUGAUGAAUAAUCAUAUUGUUUAAGGCUCGUGCCUGGAGAAAUAGAUGAAUGGUUCUGGUAUUUGGUAACCUGAACUUGAUCCUAAGGGUUCUCUCCUUGUUUUCCCUUAGGAUCAAAUUCAGGUUACCAAAUACCAGAACCAUUCACUGGAGCCUCCUACUGGUUUUGUUUUUGGUGGAGGUUCCGUAAAAAGAAUUACAUUUCUAAAAUUUGGAAGCUGCCCAAAUAAAACCGCAAAGUUUUAUCCGCAGCCUUGUCGACAACGAGCAUGGCCGAACAGCCGGAGCUUGGCUCAGUAUCGCAUCAUUUAAGGCUGCACGCAUUCGCAUGUUGUAAACGUGUUUUUUUUUUACGUUCCCCAGCAGGAUGAGAAAGGUAAAAAAGAGAAGAUAUUUAUAUAGAGUUCUCAAUGCAGCUUUCGAAAUGUGUCAACUCCUACUCGUACUCGGAUACAUGUCCUCUUCUAGGUACAACACAAGAAGCUUGAGAAGGCAGGUAAAACUGCGGACGGCGGACACUGUCCUAAUCCUAAUCCUAGAUCAAGAUAUCCAACCUCCUCUAAUUUCUGGCUAUUCGCGUUUGCCUUGAUUAUUUCGCACAUUUUUCUGCUCUGUGCGAUGCGAAAGAUGACGAAGAGUGAAUUUCUGGAAUGGGCAGAGAAGCAGGAACAAGAAGCACUGAGGAAGUUAUGUUCCUUUUCGAAUUCGGAUUCCACUGUAUUAAUUCUACCUGUUUAUUUAUCGUUGCACUUCGUUACUUCCUUUCUGAGGUAGGAGGGUGUCAUCGUAUAGUCUGGGUGUUGGUAUGCUAGCCAAUGUUAGACUCAAUGGAAUGGAACUCAGUGACAAUGUCUUGUGUUACGAAUAUGAUUCAACAGAUGAACUUAGCUCGAUUCUUGUGCAUGUAGAUGAGAAAUUUCUUCUGCACGACGCACUCUCUGACGUAAACGCUGCUCUAAGAACAGCCGAAAAACUUGCCAAGCAGAAGAGACAAAUAGAGGGAGGAGUUGGAAGAAACAAGAGCGACGACGAGUCCUAUCAUAACAACGGCGGCGCGGAACGAGAUGCGGAACAGGCUGCUGCGGGGGAGGCGUGGGGCUGUGAGGAGAGGGAGAGAUUGCUGGUUUAGAAAAUGGAGUAUUGGAAAUGAGAAACAGAUAUGAAUCAUACAAUGAGCAGAAAGAAUUGCUUACGCAUAUAAUAAUCGAAAGUCUCUUCAACCUAGCCAAAUAAGACUCAGGUGGUACUGCAGUACUCGUACUGAUACUGCUACAUAUACCGUCCGCCAGCAUAUUUCAGCACGUCGUGUAGGAGUGAAUGCACUUGUAUUUCGUGUCUCGGACUUUGAUCAAAAAAUGUACAACAUGGGGGGGGCCAAUAUUAUUACAAUUUAUUCGAUAGUGGAUAAUGACUAACCACGGUCUAUAAAUACUGGACUAAGUUCGUGUCUAACUACUAAUACCAUUAAGCAGUUCUAUUAUCUGGUGACUCAUACUUCUCAUUCGCAUUUAGCAGUUCGCUAACUGCUCUGAACUCGGGUGUUCUCGGUCUUUCAAUUUUGGAAAAAAAUCACGUAGUAUAAAUUCCUUGCAUACUAACUUUUGUGGUUGUAGUUCUUUUAUUUUAAUGAUUCCUUUAUCGGUUCUAUGCAACCGAUCAUGUCCAUAUUAUUGAACUUUUCAAUCUUACCUCGGAGGGAGCAAAAGAUUACUUGCGCACGACAUGAAUUUAUCGUUAUAAAAUUGAUUAAAAAUAUAUAUAAAUAUAUACGUAGAUUUUGACUGACUCAGUUUGUUUUCGUUUUCAAGAAAGAAUGAACGCACUUCAGAAGCAAGCUGAUGAUCGAUGUGCACCUUCCUAUGAAUGUAGUUGAGAGUGUGGUCCCAAUGAGGAAAAAGACUACAAGAGACAGAAGAACGCAUCUUCUUGUGCGUGGAGACUACAAGACAAAGGAAAUACCAGAAGAAGGCAUCUUCUGAUACUCACAUCAAGCUGAUGGUCAUCGUGGCAACAUAGGCACCAUAGGCCAUUCUUGCUUCGCAAGCAAAAAGGACGUAGACUCCAGGUGUCCACUUAAGCCAAGGAGCACAUUUCCCAAU